AUGGUUCGUCAUAAGGUGUUUCGGAACCCAUUUGGCCGUCUCUCUGCUUGCUACGCUUUUUCAAGCGCCUCCCUUCUUAUUGUAUUUCUUCUAUGGUCCGUCCCGUGGACUAUUUGGGAUGUACCGGACAACUUGCACUAUUUGAAUCUGAGGAUGGGACAAUGGAUGUUGGGUUUUUACGCGGCAACGAUCCAUUCCAGUUUAAUCAUCUCUAUUAAUAGAUUCGUGGCAAUCUCGUUCCCGAUACAAUAUCGCACGUUUUUCACUCUUCGCACGACGUACGGUCUCAUGGCAGUGAUCGCUGCUACAUUUGUAGUCAACUGGAGCGUAGCUCUAAUAGGUAAUGAUUUUCUUCGAAGUUUCUCAAUCCCUUUUCGGCAUGGACUUCCAGAUGGAUGCGACUACUUCUACAGUCAUGAUUACACGUACUGGGCAUAUGGUAGUGAGCCGUGCGCCCAGGAAAAAAAAAAAAAUUCCCCCCCCUAA